UUAUUUUUUUUUUACAUUACAAAGGGUAGAAACGACAUUGUGCAGUAUGUACCGGCCAAAAAGUCGCAUCAGUGGGGAGCAAAGUUGUUUGUGCUGGCAGAAUCGGACACAGGCUACAAUGCCGCAAUUCAAUUAUAUGCAGGUAGACAAGAGGGUGCCGCUCGAAGUCGUCAUGGUGUUGGAUAUGAUGUGGUGAUGCAGUUGAUCCAGCCCUAUCUGCAAAGAUAUCACCAUUUUGUCUGUGACAACUACUUCUCCAGCCCAGCUCUUUGUUCGGCUCUCUUUGAGGCUAACACUUACAUGACGGGCACUGUAAGGGUGUGCAGAAAGGGAAUGCCAAGGUCGUUAAAGGGCUUGAAACUACAACGAGGGGAGAUUAGUGUAAAGCAAAGUGGGCCUAUUAUGGCACUUUGUUAUGGAGACCGAAGAACCGUAACAUUUAUGUCCACUCUAUCUAAGCCAAAUGUUAUCACAACACAGAACGCCAGAGGAGUUGAAGUUCUUAUGCCAGCCGUCAACUACGUGUACAACAAAAAGAUGGGUGGUGUUGACCUAUCCGACAAAAGCUUAGAACUGUAUGACCCAGAUAUAAGGUCAAACAAAAUGUGGAAACGAAUACUCUUCAACCUUCUUCUGAGAGUUAUCUCUAACGCCUACAUCAUAUACAGACAAAAUAGAGGUUUGCGCACUAAAAUGGACAGGAUGGACUUUCAUAUGGGCGUUUGCUUGGGCCUGAUCGGAAAUUUUCGCCAACCUAGGCGCUUUCCAGGAAGGCCCAGCCUGUCCACUCAAACAAGACUGACAGAGAGGCACUUCAUAGAACAGCUUGAUGGUAUAUUACAUGCAUCAAUAUUACUUGUUUAUUAACUUAGUUUUAAUAAUAUGGUGUUCAAGAAACACCUACAUGUAGAUCGUCAAUUUUUUAAAAAAAAUUCCCAUUCUGCAGUUUGGCUCUCUGAAAUCCCCAGCUAAUUUUUUUUCAUCUGAUUUUCAGGCAGAAAGAAAAAUCUGUGUGAUCUGCAAGAGUAGAGUGAGAACUUGGUGUGCCCCCUGCAGCGUCGGGCUUUGCAUUACAUGCUUUAAAACUUUCCAUACCACUAGACAUUAUGAAGAAUAAAAUGCUCAUCAAAAUUGUCUAAUUGCAUAUUUGUUGUUAUAUCUCGCAAAACAUAAACAAAUACGCUGAUAAAUUUUCCUCGUCGAUUUUAAUUUAUAAAUUUUUAUUUGACAAAUGAAUAGCUUUUCACGUACGCUUGCCUAUGCAUGACGCGCACUUUGCGUUAAUCGGAAAUAUCUAAAAUUCCGCUAAAGAAUGUAAAAGAAAUUGUGACGUCGUUUUAAUCUCGCAGUGACGUUAUAAUUUCUGUACACUG